CCGAGAGCCCAUCCUGCCCGCGCGGGAGGACGUAGAGGACGCGGCGGUCCGCGCGAGAGACAGCUGUGGGGGCCUUGGCAGCGUCCGCGCGCAGCUCGCAUCCUGUCACUCAGCAUCCCCCUCGGCGUUUCGGAGCCCGCCCCCUGCCCGAGGGGCGGGGCUGGCCGUGUGGUACCCAGAGCCUGCGCGCUCCGAGGUGUACCCUACCCAAUGAGGACCCCGGGCAGGGCCAUGCCAGCCACAGACAAUCAAGGUGGGAAGACAAACGCACCGCAGAGCCAGUGAGCAACUCGUAGCUGUGGCCAUUACAGGGCAGCUCGGCACCCUCCCGGAGUAAAGAUGAAAGAGAUUUGCAGGAUCUGUGCCCGGGAGCUGUGUGGGAACCAGCGGCGUUGGAUCUUCCAUCCAGCGUCCAAGCUCAACCUCCAGGUUCUGCUUUCGUACGUCCUAGGCAAAGAUGUCACUCGUGAUGGCAAAGCCGAGUUUGCCUGCAGCAAGUGUGCUUUCAUGCUCGAUCGCGUCUAUCGAUUCGAUACUGUUAUUGCCAGGAUCGAAGCCCUUUCUCUUGAGCGCUUGCAGAAGCUGCUGCUGGAAAAGGACCGCCUCAAGUUCUGCAUUGCCAGUAUGUAUCGGAAGAAUAACGAUGACUCUAGCGAGGAGAUCAAGGCGGGGAGUGGGACUGUUGACAUUUCCAGCUUGCCAGAUAUGAGGUACUCUGCACUGCUCCAGGAAGACUUUGCCUAUUCGGGGUUUGAGUGCUGGGUAGAAAAUGAGGAACAGAGUCAGGAGUCCCACAGCUGUCAUGGUUCUGAAGGUCCCGGAAACCGACCCAGGAGAUGCCGUGGUUGUGCGGCUUUGCGAGUUGCGGAUUCCGACUAUGAAGCCAUUUGUAAGGUGCCUCGAAAAGUGGCCAGAAGUAUUUCUUAUGCCCCCUCUAGCAGGUGCUCCACCAGCAUUUGCACUGAAGAACCGGCAUUGUCAGAGGUUGGGCCACCAGACUUAGCAAGCACAAAAGUACCCCCGGAUGGAGAAAGCAUGGAGGAAGGGACACCAGGUUCCUCUGUGGAAUCUUUGGAUGCUAGUGUCCAGGCUAGUCCUCCACAACAGAAAGACGAGGAAAUGGAGAGAAGUGCGAAAGAACUUCUAAAGUGUGACUAUUGUUCGGAUGAACAGGCGCCACAGCAAUUCUGUAACCACAAACUGGAGCUAGCUCUUAGCAUGAUUAAAGGUCUUGAAUAUAAGCCCCUUCAAAGUCCCCGAGGGAGCAAGCUUCCAAUUCCAGUGAAAUCCAGCCCACUUGGAGCCAAGCCUGGCCAUAUCAUGACAAAUGGAGUUAGUUCCAGUUUCCUUAACAGGCCUUUGACACCCGUGAGUUACCCUUUGGAGCUCUCAGACCUGCAGGAGCUGUGGGAUGAUCUCUAUGAAGAGUAUUUGCCACUCCAGUUCCAGCCCCAGCCUGUGAAGUUACUCAAGCAACAAAAGCUGGACUCAGAUGAGACCCCUGUAUCCCAGCCCAUUAUGGAUAAAUCUGUGUCUGACUCCCACUUGGAAGAACUCCAGGACAAAAUCCAGCAAACAGAGGCCAGCAACAAGAUUCUUCAAGAGAAACUGAAUGAGAUGAGCUGUGAACUAAGAGCUGCACAGGAGUCGUCCCAGAAGCAAGAUGUGACAAUUCAAAGCCUCAAGGAAUUGCUAAAAAGCAGGGAAAGUGAGACCGAGGAGCUGUACCAGGUGAUCGAAGGUCAAAAUGAAACAAUGGCAAAGCUUCGAGAAAUGCUGCGCCAAAGCCAGCUUGGACAACUUCAUAGCUCAGAGGGCAUUGCCCCAACUCAGCAACAGGUGACCCUGCUUGAUCUUCAGAAUGCCCUGUUCUGUAGCCAGCUUGAAAUACAGAAGCUCCAGAGACUCGUACGCCAGAAAGAACGGCGACUGGCAGAUGUCAAGCGAUGCAUGCAGUUUGUAGAGGCUACAGCCCAGGAGACAGAGCAACAGAAGGAAGCUUCUUGGAAACAUAACCAGGAAUUACGAAAAGCUUUACAACACCUCCAAGGAGAAUUGCACAGUAGAAACCAACAGCUUCAUACUCUAGAGAUGGAAAAAUACAAUGAGAUUCGAAUCCGGGAACAAGACAUUCAACACCUACAUCAAAGUCUGCAUCUCAAAGAGCAACUGCUUCAGGAACUUCAGGAGCUCCUACAAUAUAGAGAUAACCCAGACAAAACUCUAGAAACAAAUGAGGUGUUGGUUGAGAAAAUGCAGCAACAAAUACAAGACCGAGCUGUUGAUCUGGAGCGGGCUAUAGAUGAAAAGUUCUCCGCUCUGGAAGAAAAGGACAAGGAAUUACAGCAGCUUCAUCGUGCAGUGAGAGAGCGAGAUCAUGAUUUAGAGAGACUUCGUAGUGUCCUGUCUGCCAAUGAGACUACCAUGCAAAGUAUGGAGAGUCUCCUGAGGGCCAAAGGCCUGGAACUGGAACAGUUAACUGCCACCUGUCAAAACCUCCAGUGGCUGAAGGCAGAAUUGGAAACCAAAUCUGGUCAUUGGCAGAAGGAACAAGAAAGCAUCCUUCAGCAGUUGCAGACAUCCCUGCAAAACAAGGACAAGGAAGUGGAGGAUCUCAGGGCAACAUUCCUCAGCAAACUGGGACCCGGUCAGAGUGAAGUGGCUGAGGAGCUGUGCCAGCGCCUGAAGCAGAAAGAGGGCAUGCUGCAGGACCUUCUGAGCGAUCUGAAUAAACAAACUGUGGAGCAUGAGAUGGAGAUCCAGGGGCUGCUUCAGUCGAUGAGCACCAGGGAGCAGGCCAACCAAGCUGCUGCAGAAAAAAUGGUACAAGCCUUCCUGGAAAGAAACACAGAAUUACAUGCCCUGCGCCAGUACUUAGGAGAGAGAGACCUAAUCGACUCUCGGGCACUCCUCUUAAACCAACAAGUUAAAGUGACUUCCAUCGGUCCCCACCUUGGAGAGCAGACUGAUCAAAGCUCUGUGCAGGUGCCCUCUAGAGACGGUAACACUUCACUGACUGCUAGAGAAGAUGCCAGCAUGCCCAGGUCCACAUUAGGAGACUCAGACACAGUUGCAGGGCUGGAGAAAGAGCUGAGUAAUGCCAAGGAGGAACUCGAGCUCAUGGCUAAAAAAGAAAGAGAAAGCCAGAUAGAGCUGUCUGCUCUACAGUCCAUGAUGGCUGUACAGGAGGAUGAGCUGCAGGUGCAGGCCGCUGACUUGGAGUCACUGACCAGGAACAUACAGAUAAAAGAAGAUCUCAUAAAGGACCUGCAAAUGCAACUGGUCGACCCUGAAGACAUACCAGCUAUGGAACGCCUGACCCAAGAGGUCUUACUCCUUCGGGAAAAAGUUGCUUCAGUAGAAUCUCAGGGUCAGGAAGUUUCAGGGAACCGGAGACAACAGCUGCUGCUGAUGCUAGAGGGACUAGUAGAUGAACGGAGUCGGCUCAACGAGGCUCUGCAAGCGGAGAGGCAGCUAUACAGCAGUCUGGUCAAGUUCCACGCCCAUCCAGAGAACUCUGAGAGAGACCGAACUCUGCAGGUGGAACUGGAAGGGGCCCAGGCAUUACGAGGUCGCCUAGAAGAAGUUCUUGGAAGAAGCCUGGAGCGCUUAAGCAGGCUGGAGACCAUGGCCGCCAUUGGAGGUACUGCGGCAGGCGAUGACACUGAAGAUGCAAGCACAGAGUUCACAGACAGCAUCGAGGAGGAGGCUGCACACAACAGCCACCAGCAACUCAUCAAGGUGGCUUUGGAGAAAAGCCUGGCGACCAUGGAGACCCAGAAAAUAAGUCUUCAGCCCCCUUCCUCAGCUGGGGGGGACAGUAACAGGUGUCUUCAGGAAGAACUGCUCCACCUGAGGGCUGAAGUCCACCAGCACUUAGAGGAGAAGAGAAAAGCUGAGGCAGAACUCAAGGAGCUGAAGGCUCAAAUUGAGGAAGCAGGAUUCUCUUCUGUGUCCCACAUCAGGAACACCAUGCUGAGCCUUUGCCUUGAGAAUGCAGAGCUGAAAGAGCAGAUGGGAGAAGCAAUGUCUGAUGGAUGGGAGGUCGAGGAAGACAAGGAGAAGGGCGAGGUGAUGGUGGAGACUGUGGCCGACAAAGGGGGUGUGGAUGAGAGCAGCCUUCAGGCUGAGUUCAGAAAGGUCCAGGGGAAGCUGAAGAGUGCCCACAACAUCAUCAACAUCCUCAAAGAACAGCUGGUCCUGAGCAACUCUGAGGGGAGCAGCAAGGUGAUGCCAGAGCUCCUCGUGCGCCUGGCCAGGGAGGUGGACAGGAUGAACACAGGCCUGCCUUCCCCUGGGAAGAAUCGACACCAAGAGCAGGAGAAUGUGACCACAAGGCCUGGCCCCAGACCCCAGAGCCUCAAUCUCGGGGCAGCCCUCUCAGUGGACACCCACCAACUGGAGAACAAACCCCAGGCCCAAGACUCUGGACACCAGCCAGAAUUUAGCCUAUCAGGGUCCACCAAACACCUGCGUUCCCAGCUGGCUCAGUGCAGACAACGGUAUCAAGACCUCCAGGAGAAGCUACUCAUCUCAGAAGCCACUGUGUUUGCCCAGGCAAACCAGCUGGAGAAGUACAGGGCCAUAUUCAGUGAAUCCCUGGUGAAACAGGACAGCAAGCAAAUCCAGGUGGACCUUCAAGACCUGGGCUACGAGACUUGUGGCCGGAGUGAGAAUGAAGCUGACCGUGACGAGACCACCAGCCCCGAGUGUGAGGAGCACAAUAGCCCAAGGCCUGUGAUGCUCCUGGAGGGGCUGUGCUCUGAUCAGGGGUAUCUGGACCCCGUCCUGGACAGCCCACCUGCAAAGAAGCCUUUCGGGAACAACCUGGGGAGGCAGGAGGAGUUUCAAGUGCAUGGCAGUUCUGAUGACAGCUCUAUCCUGAGGAAGGACAUCAGAGAUCUGAAAGCCCAGCUCCAGAAUGCCAACAAAGUCAUUCAGAACCUCAGGAGCCGGGUCCGGUCCCUUUCAGCUACAAGUGAUUACUCCUCCAGUCUGGAGAGACCCCGGAAGCUGAGAACCAUUGCAACCCUUGAGGGGUCUUCACCUCAUAGUGUCACUGAUGAAGAUGAAGGGUGGCUGUCUGAUGGCACUGGGGCUUUUUACCCUCCAGGGCUACAGGCCAAAAAGGACCUGGAGAGUCUCAUCCAGAGAGUGUCCCAGCUGGAGGCCCAGCUCCCAAAAACCGGACUAGAGGGGAAGCUUUCUGAGGAGCUUAGGUCUGCCUCGUGGCCUGGAAAAUAUGAUUCCUUGAUUCAGGAUCAGGCCCGAGAACUAUCAUAUCUGCGUCAAAAAAUACGAGAAGGGAGAGGCAUUUGUUAUCUUCUUACCCAACAUGCAAAAGACACAGUAAAGUCUUUUGAGGACCUCCUGAGGAGCAACGACAUUGACUACUACCUGGGCCAGAGCUUCCGGGAGCAACUCACCCAAGGGGGUCAGCUGAUAGAGAGACUCACCUGCAAACUCAGCACUAAGGAUCAUAAAAGUGAGAAAGAAGAAGCUGGGCUUGAGCCGCUGGCCCUCAGGCUCAGCAGGGAGCUACAGGAGAAGGAGAAAGUGAUUGAAGUCCUGCAGGCCAAGCUGGACACCCGGUCUCUCUCACCCCCCAGCAGCCAUGCCUUGUCUGACUCCCACCGCUCUGCCAGCAGUACGUCCUUCCUGUCUGAUGAGAUAGAGGCCUGCUCUGACAUGGACGUAGCCAGCGAGUACACACUCUAUGAUGAGAAGAAGCCUUCGCCUGGUCACUCAGAGUCCAUCCAUCAUUCGAGUCAUUCUACUGUGUUGUCUUCUAAACCAUCAGCAACCAGUGCAUCUCAGGGGCUUAAGGUCAAGUCCAGCAACAGCCCCAUCAUCUUGCCAACUCCCCAGAACACCCCCAAGGAGGCCCGCCAGGCCCAUUCAGGUGUUAGCACGGCUCCUCCUGCCUCCACAGCUGCGCUGCUGAGCAGCCAUGCAGAAGUUAACUCUCCCCGGUACCUCAACCCCACUCAGCCCCACUCUCCUACAAGGGGCAUCAUGGAGCUGGGCAGAAUCCCGGAGCCUGGAUACCUGGGUAGCAGUGGCCACUGGGACAUGAUGAGGCCUCAGAAAGGGAGCAACUCUGGGGACCUGUCCUCAGGCUCCUCACUGUACCAGCUUAACUCCAAACCCACAGGAGCCGACCUGUUGGAAGAGCAUCUCAGUGAGAUCCGGAGCCUGCGCCAGCGCCUGGAGGAGUCCAUCUGUGUCAAUGACAGGCUUCGGGAGCAGCUGCAGCACAGGCUCAGCUCCACUGGCCGGGAAAGCGGCUCCACCUCUCACUUCUACAGUCAGGGCCUGGAGUCUGUGCCUCAGCUCUACAAUGAGAACAGAGCCCUAAGGGAAGAAAACCAAAGCCUGCAGGCUCAGCUCAAUCAUGCUUCCAGAGGACACUCCCAGGAAAUGGACCGCCUGCAGGAGGCUCUGCUCUCCUCUCAAUCCCAGCUUCAAGAGCUGGAGAAGGAGCUGGAGCAGCAGAAGGCUGAGCGGCAGCAGCUGCUGGAAGACUUAAAGGAGAAGCAGGAAGAGAUCUUGCAUUUCCGGGAGGAGAGGCUAUCCCUCCAGGAAAAGGACUCCAGGCUGCAGCACAAACUGGCCUUCCUGCAACAGCAGUGUGAAGAAAAACAGCAGCUUUCCCUAUCCCUGCAGUCAGAGCUCCAGAUCUACGAGUCACUCUGUGGAAAUCCGAAGACUGGCCUGAAAGCUUUUAGCCUAGAUUCCUGCCACCAAGUCCCCAGUGAGUUAAGCUACCUGGUGGCUGAGAUACGAGCUCUGAGAGGGCAGUUGGAGCAGAGCAUUCAAGGGAACAACUGUCUGCGGCGGCAGCUGGAACAGCAGUUGGACUGUGGUGCUGGCAAAGCCAAUCUCAACCCCUCCUCUGUUGGCCAGAACUUCUCAGCCAGUGUGGAGCCUGCAAGCACACAGCCACUCUUCCAAGGUUCAGCCACUUCCCCUCCAGUCCGGGAUGUUGGCUUGAAUUCUCCAGCCAUGGUCUUCCCCAGUUCUUCUUGCUCUGUUCCUGGCUCAGACCCAGCCAUCAUCACCAGGACAAAUGAGCUGGGUUCAGAUGAUUCUACAAUGAUGACGAACCCUCCCAAGCUGGAGGGUGAUGCUACUGAUGGCUCCUUUGCCAACAAGCGUGGCCGACAUGUCAUCGGCCAUAUUGAUGACUACAGUGCACUACAACAGCAGAUUGGGGAAGGCAAGCUGCUGGUCCAAAAGAUACUGUCUCUCUCGAGGCUAGCAUGCAACAUCCCUGGACCUGAAGCUCAGGGCACAGAGGUACCAGGUAACAAAAGCAUCCGUGAGCUGCGGAGCAGCACCAGUGCCCUGAACCACACCCUGGAAGAGUCGGCAUCUCUCCUCACCAUGUUCUGGAGAGCAGCCUUGCCAAGCCAGCAUGGGCCAGGACUGGUAGGCAAAGCGGGACAGCUGAUAGAGAAAGAAAUCCUGGACCUGCGAGCCCAAGUGUCCCAGCAGGAACAGCUCCUACAGAAAACUAAUGAACGUCUGAAGACAGCCAAGCAGAAGAAGAAGAACAUGGAACAGUACAUUGUGAACCACCUGACCAGGACCCAUGAUGUCUUGAAGAAAGCACGGACUAAUUUAGAGGUGAAAUCCUUAAGGGCCCGGCCACGCACCUCAGCCUUGUGACCCUUGCCUUCCAGGAGCCCCACAAGAAGCGAAGCCAGAAGCCCUUAAAACAGCAGGAAGGGUGGGCCUGCCCCUCUCUUGUGCAGCUGCCUAUCUGCUGAGGAAUACCUGGUUCCACUCCACCCCUGCUGGAGGUCCAGAAAAGGGCUCAGAGAUGUGUCCACAUGGGACAGGCAGGAAGGAGAGUGGCAUCCUGGCAGCAGUGAAUAUGAUUAGCUAAGGCCCACUGGGCCGGCACUAAGCAAAGCUGAUGUAGACUGCACAGAAGGCCUUGUGGCCCUGCUUCUAAACAGCUUCAGUGGCAUGGCACCCACCUCGUCACAGUUCUUGCCUCAGCAUCUGUCCUCAAGACGGCCAACUCAGGGGAACUAGGACCUGGCUGCCCACAAAUAGGAUGUGUGGUUCCAACACCAAAGCUCCUCAGACAGUUGUAAAAGCACACUACUGAGCGGCAGUGCCCUGCUGGACAGUGUUGGGGUUCAGCAAGCUCCCCUCACAAACCCACUCUUGACCCAGGCCAGCCCUAUGGGCCAAACCAGGUAGUACUUUGGUCUAUACUACCACACUGGAGUUCUUUGAGUCUACACAGCAAACAUGGUGACUUCUGGGUGCCCCAUGCUUAGCCUAUCACCUUCUGUUUCUUAUAUGAUCUCAAGUUAAACUGGCUCCCUUAAAUGUGCUGUCCCCCUAUAAUUCUAACUUCCCUCAGGGGGACUGGGGGCUGAUGGCCACAUCAUACCUAUUGAAUGUCUAGCAUAGAGCACACCUGUACCUCUUUUAAUGGCAUAGGCGAGGCUUGUUCUGUACUGAAGACUGUGUGUCUUCACAGUGCUCAUAUGAUGUGGGUGUGUGUAUAAAUGUAUAAUAUAGAUAAAUAUGUUGCCAUGGCCAUGUGUUAAAGGCCAUACUGUGCAGACAGGUGGGUGAGAGGAUGCUACACAGUCUUUCUGAUGGCUAUUAAAGCAAACUGUGUAUAAACAA